UUAGUAUAACAAUUAGAAAUUUUUAUAAUCAGAUAUCUUAAAAUGUUUGAUGCUGUUCAGUCAAAUUGAAUGCAAAUGAGAAAUCUAUAAUAAAGACUAAACAGGUGAGCUAAAUUGAGCAUUGCAUAUUAUAAGAGAAUCAACUCGCUUAAAUUUGAACAUAGCCUGAUCGAGCGAGCUACCGAGCAGUACCAACCGAAAAGGACAAAAUUUAUAAGUUUUCAAGCGAUUAGAUUUCCAAAAUGCUCCUUUAUCAACUACCCCUCCUCUUUGCCAUAGUAUCAACGGCUGAACUGACCACGCUCUUGAAAGGCCGGAAUUUGACCAGUCUGGAAGAACGUCUAUCAAAGACAGAACAACGACUGAAAGCUACAGAGCGAGUCUUAGGACAGCUACUGACAGGAAGAAACGAUGUCGAUCUGCCAUCAUUGGAUGUACUUGCUCUCAGAUCUGGUGUUCUAGUCGAUCAGUCAGAUCCUGUUCUUUUUUCUGCAUACAAAUCCUCAACUACAAGCGGUAUCAGUACCCGAACAGUCAUAAGAUUUGAACAGACGUACAUCAACAUCGGAAACCACUACCACACAGAAGACGGAAUCUUUAUUGCUCCCCAGACAGGCAUCUACAUGUUCCACUGGACCAUAGCUACAGGAAGCAGUGGUUUUUAUACCCAGUUGAUUGUCGGAGGUACAUCUCGCGCUUCAAAUUAUAUCCCUCAUCCAGGAGGGGCAGACUCCAGUUCAGCUAUGGUUAUCAUAAACGUGAACAAAGAUGACCAUGUCUGGAUUCAGAUUUAUGGAUCUAGUGAACAUGUCUAUGGUGGUAGUAGUGGUGUUGGAAGUAACAUACAGUCCACAUUUACUGGAAUCCUCUUAAGGAAAACUUAACCUCAACAAUGAGAUACCUUGCUCUCAUAUUCUGUUAAAAUGUAAUUAGAAAAGAAAUACAGCAUUCAAUUACAUUUAUGUCAGUAAUAAUUAAAUUGCUAUUGAUUUCAGGGAGUACUAUAUCGAACCUUGUUUGAAAAAUUUAAAACACCGAGUUGCUUUUGGUUGAUCAAAGCAAUAACUGAUUUUGUUGAAUGUUUAUUAAAAAAGCAAUUGAUGACAAUUUUAUAUAUCUGAUCGAGAAACACUCUUAAAGUUAAUCUUUCACUCCCUGUAUUGACAAUUUGCAAGAGAAAUUUUCAUUCUACAGACAUUUAUGCAUCAAUAAAAAAUUGUUUUAACAAAAUAAA